UUAUGAUGGACUCGGCUUUCAAGCCCAUCUUCUUCCUCCUCUGCUCAUGCUAUGCUCCUGUCUCGUCUCUCUCUCUCUCUGGGUGGCAGAGUGUAUGAUCCGCCAUUGCUGAUUGGCAACUCUGGGAGUCUCGGCUGCAAGGGGGUCCCGCUACUGGGGGAUGAACUUUGUUCUUUCUGAGGAGCUUUUGCUAGAGCUAUUGAGAAGUUGACUGCCAAUAAAUGGAGUCAUUGGGAGUUAAGAGGGGCUAUAAUUCAGAUCAUAUUUGCAAUGGGUACUUUUCCUGAAGCCCGAAAAGUUGGCCUCCCGUUGAUGAAUCUCGUCAGGUUCAAAGGGCUGCCUAUCCUGCAGCAGCUGCAUCUCGAGGAGGAACUUUUCCGGACCUCGAAGGAGAAUUGGUGCAUCGUAAAUGAUGGGACGAAUGACCCGACCAUCGUCAUGGGUGUUUCUGGGAAACCUGCCGAACUCCUUGAGAUUAAGCCGGUAUUGCGUGAUGAAAUUCCAGUAGUUAGAAGAUUCACUGGGGGAGGGACUGUUAUUGUUGAUCAAGGGACCAUCUUCGUCACUUUCAUAUGCAACCAGGACGCGGUUCCUGGGCUGCAGCCUUAUCCUCGACCAAUCAUGUCGUGGAGCAGCCUAAUAUAUGACCAGGUGUUCCGAGGAAUUGGUGAUUUCCGUCUUCGUGAGAAUGAUUAUGUGUUUGGUGACCGCAAGUUCGGGGGGAAUGCUCAAUCCAUCACGAAACGCAGGUGGAUUCACCACACCUCUUUUUUGUGGGACUACGAGGUUAGGAACAUGUCUUAUCUGAAACUUCCCAAGCGAGCUCCUGAAUAUCGACGGGACUCCAUGUCAAGAUUGACAUUCAUUGAGAGAACAGUAAAUGCUCUGGGAACCCAUUUUUCGCUGAAAUCUGUAGAUUCAGAAGUAAAUCGAGAUUCCUCGGCAAGAGCUGGAAGAAGCACUCAGUGCAGCAGAUUCUGAGAACUCCCUUGCCGAAUCCAUCUCUCCAUUGUGACCUUUUCCAAUUCGAAGAUUUCUGGACUGUGUCCAUGAUUGUGUAACUUUUUGCACUGUGAGGCCUUAAAUGUAGUUGUUCAGAGCCACCCGAUCCGAUUGAAAGAUGAUUCUUGCUGUAAUUGCCAGAAUAACUGUCUAUGAUGAUUUAUAAGAAUAAGAAAAGAUUUCAGCCUUUUUGGUA